GAGCCGAGCAGGAAGAGCAACGGCGAGGCGGUGGCGGUGGCUGAGUUGGUGGCGGUGGCAGCGGCGACAGCGGCAGCUCCAGGGGGUUGGCAGCGGCCCCGAGAGCAGGAUGCGGGUGUGGGUCGGACUGACGCUGCUGCUCUGUGCUGUGUUGCUGCUGGGUUCGGCCUCGGCGUCCUCGGAUGAAGAAGGUGGCCAGGAUGAAUCAUUAGAUUCCAAGACUUCUUUGCCAUCAGAUGAGUCCGUAAAAGACCACAGCACGGCGGGCAGAGUAGUGGCUGGUCAGCUGUUUCUUGACUCAGAAGAAUCCGACUUGGAGUCAUCUCUUCCCGAAGAGGACACCCUCCGAAUCCCAGACGAGGAAUCUGUCUCGGAAGAAAUCAGCUUUCUGGACUCUGCAAAUCCAGACAACAAGGACUAUGAAGAACUAACGGAAGUACAGAAACCAGUUCUGACUGCCAUUGAAGGCACAGCACACGGGGAGCCCUGUCACUUUCCUUUUCUUUUCCUGAAUAAGGAAUAUGACGAGUGUACCUCAGACGGCCGGGACGAUGGAAGGCUGUGGUGUGCUACCACCUACGACUACAAGGCAGAUGAAAAGUGGGGCUUUUGUGAAACUGAAGAAGAGGCUGCUAAAAGACGACAAAUGCAGGAAGCAGAAAUGAUGUUCCAAACUGGGAUGAAAAUCCUCAAUGGAAGCAAUAAGAAAAGCCACAAAAGAGAAGCAUACCGGUAUCUUCAGAAAGCAGCAGGCUUGAACCAUACCAAGGCCCAGGAGAGAGUGUCCUACGCUCUUCUGUUUGGUGAUCACUUGACCCAGAAUGUUCAGGCAGCUAAAGAGAUGUUUGAGAAACUGACCGAGGAAGGCUCUCCCAAGGGACAAACUGCUCUUGGCUUUCUCUAUGCCUCCGGACUUGGUGUUAAUUCAAGUCAGGCAAAGGCCCUUGUAUAUUAUACUUUUGGAGCUCUUGGAGGCAAUCUAAUAGCCCAUAUGAUUUUGGGUUACCGAUACUGGGCUGGCAUUGGAGUCCUUCAGAGCUGUGAAUCUGCACUCACCCACUACCGUCUUGUUGCCAAUCAUGUUGCUAGUGACAUCUCUCUGACUGGAGGCUCAGUAGUACAGAGAAUACGACUGCCUGAUGAGGUAGAAAAUCCAGGAAUGAACAGUGGAAUGCUAGAAGAAGAUUUGAUCCAGUAUUACCAGUUUCUAGCUGAAAAAGGUGAUGUACAAGCACAGGUUGGUCUGGGCCAGCUGCACCUGCACGGAGGCCGAGGAGUAGAGCAGAACCAUCAGAGAGCAUUUGAUUACUUCAAUUUAGCAGCUAAUGCUGGCAAUUCGCACGCGAUGGCCUUCUUGGGAAAGAUGUACUCAGAGGGAAGUGAUAUUGUACCACAGAGCAAUGAGACAGCUCUUCUCUACUUUAAGAAAGCUGCUGACAUGGGCAAUCCAGUUGGACAGAGUGGGCUUGGAAUGGCUUACCUCUACGGAAGAGGGGUUCAAGUGAAUUACGAUCUGGCGCUGAAGUAUUUCCAGAAGGCAGCUGAGCAAGGCUGGGUGGACGGGCAGCUCCAGCUGGGCUCUAUGUACUAUAAUGGCAUUGGAGUCAAAAGAGAUUACAAACAGGCCUUGAAGUAUUUUAACUUAGCUUCUCAGGGAGGCCACAUCUUGGCUUUCUACAACCUGGCACAGAUGCACGCCAGCGGCACCGGAGUCAUGCGGUCCUGCCACACGGCAGUGGAGCUGUUUAAGAAUGUAUGUGAACGAGGCCGCUGGUCUGAAAGGCUUAUGAGCGCCUAUAACAGUUACAAAGACGGUGACUAUAAUGGCGCAGUGAUCCAGUACCUCCUUCUGGCAGAACAGGGCUAUGAAGUGGCGCAGAGCAACGCAGCCUUCAUUCUCGAUCAGAGGGAAGCGACCAUUGUGGGCGAGAAUGAAACUUACCCCCGAGCUCUGCUACACUGGAAUAGGGCCGCCUCUCAGGGCUAUACUGUAGCAAGAAUUAAGCUGGGAGACUACCAUUUCUAUGGAUUUGGCACUGAUGUAGAUUACGAGACUGCGUUUAUUCAUUAUCGUCUAGCAUCUGAGCAGCAACACAGUGCACAAGCUAUGUUUAAUCUGGGAUAUAUGCACGAGAAGGGACUCGGCAUCAAACAGGAUAUUCAUCUUGCCAAACGUUUCUAUGACAUGGCAGCCGAAGCCAGCCCAGAUGCACAAGUACCAGUCUUCCUAGCGCUCUGCAAAUUAGGCGUUGUCUAUUUCGUGCAGUACAUACGGGAAACAAAUAUCCGAGAUGUAUUUACCCAGCUUGAUAUGGACCAGCUCCUGGGGCCCGAGUGGGACCUUUACCUCAUGACCAUCAUCGCGUUGCUUCUGGGAACUGUUAUAGCUUAUCGGCAACGGCAACACCAGGACAUGCCUCUGCCCAGGCCGCCGGGGCCGCGGCCAGUGCCACCCCAGCAGGAGGGGCCACCCGAGCAGCGGCCUCCACAGUAACAGCCGCCCGGUCCAGCCUUGAUCACUGACCGCCACGGGACUUGCUUGCUGGGAACACUGCGUCGAUCUGGGACUCGGGAUCAGCGGCCACCUCCUGGAAGAGGCACAAGGAAUCGUCGGAUUCCUGAAGCUGCUUAGAAUCUGAUGCCUUUAUUUUCAGGGAUAAGUAACUCUUACCUAAACUGGGUUGAAUGUUUGUUUCAAUGCUGUAUGAAUAACAACUCUCAGUGGCUUUCCCUUUCUCUUUUUUUCUGGAAACAUGAGACAAAGAAAUGUCUCUGUAUCUGGUUCUCUGUCUCUUGGUCUCUGUCUGUCUGUGUCUGUCUCUCUUCUCUUCUCUUCUCUUC